AUGGAAGAAGCGGAGGUUUGGCUAUGUUGUGGAAGAAGGGCUCAGACAUCAGAUUUAGGAGUUGCUCAAAUUCCCAUAUUGUCGUGGAAGUCCAUGGGAGCUCGGCACCAACUCCAUGAAGAGCAAUGGGUUUUUACGGGCACCCCGAUGCAGGGCAAAAAUAUACCUGGUGUGAUGGGGGGGGGUGGUGAGCAGCGGACAAAGAUUAGGCUAGACCGUAUGGUGGCGACGGAAGAAUGGAUGGAUUUAUUUCCUGAGGUGAGAGUGAGGCAUGUGGCAAUGUCCGUAUCAGACCAUUGUAUGUUAAUGCUCACUCUCAAGCAUAAACAGCCUCAAAGGCGAGGAAUGAAGUGUUUCUUUUUUGAAGCCAUGUGGACAAGGGAAGAGAGGUGUAGAGAGAUUGUGGAAGAGGCAUGGGAGUUGGGUUGGGUUGAGGCAGAGUGUGGUAUAAUAGAUGGAAUUAAAAGAUGCCAAGAACAAUUGCAGGACUGGAAUUGGAAGGAGUUUGGUAACAUUAAUAAAGUGCUGAAACAAAAAAAGGAAAGGCUCCAACAAUUGGAAUUUUGGGACAGCUUACAUGGGAAAGCGGAAGAGAUUCAGAAGGUGAGAAAGGAAAUCAAUGAGAUUCAAGCCAGAGAAGAAGUACUGUGGAAUCAAAGGUCCAAAGCUCUUUGGCUAAAAUGGGGAGAUAGAAACACAAAACUUUUACACGCCACGACGAGCCAAAGGCAUAGGAAAAACUGGAUUGUGGGGCUGCAAAACACAAAUGAAGUGUGGGUGGAAGAUAAGGAAGGUAUUGAGAGCAAUAUCAUGGACUACUUUGAAGACAUUUACUAG